UAGACGCGUCCUGUAAGGCCCUGUAUCGCCUUCACUGUGAGAGAUGGCGUAGAAGGCUAUAGAAACAUCCAGAAGGGUACAGAAUCCAAAAAUAGCAGUCAAAUUGGCUUGUCACCGGCAUUCGUCACACCCUUACCUCUGCUAGAUUUUUUCUUCUCUGUACGACCACGACCCACUAAUUCUCUAUCGUAAUCGCAUCUUAUAUCCAUCAUGGCCGUUGUUGGUGUUGAUUUUGGCUGUCUGCAUAGCAAGAUUGGUGUGGCCAGGCAUCGAGGCAUCGAUAUCAUUACGAAUGAAGUGUCGAAUCGUGCAACACCGUCCUUGGUUGCAUUCGGUCCUAAACAGCGUUCCAUUGGCGAGGCUGCCAAAACGCAGGAGACUUCAAAUUUUAGAAACACCAUCGGCUCUCUGAAGCGGCUUGUUGGCCGGACGUUGAAUGAUACAGAUGUUCAGGAUAUCGAGAAAAAAUUUAUCAAUGCAUCCUUGGUCGACGUCCAGGGUUCUGUUGGUGUCGAUGUGAGAUAUCUCGGAGAGAAACAAUCCUUCUCAGCUACCCAGCUCGUCGGCAUGUAUCUCGCCAAACUUCGUGAUAUUGCUGCCAACGAGCUCAAGACGGGUGUCACCGACAUUGUCAUCGCUGUGCCGGGAUGGUACACUGACAUUCAGCGUCGUGCUGUUCUUGAUGCUGCAGCUAUCGCUGGUCUCAACGUUCUCCGACUCAUCAACGAUGCUACCGCUGCCGCCCUGGGCUACGGUAUCACCAAAUCCGACCUCCCAGAGUCCGACUCACCCCGUAACGUCGUCUUUGUUGACGUCGGACACUCCAGCUUGUCCGUGGCCGUUGUAGCCUUUUCAAAAGGCCAGCUCACCGUCAAGAGCACUGCUUACGACCGUAAUCUCGGGGGUAGAGACAUCGACUACGCCCUAGUAAAGCACUUUUCGGAAGAGUUCAAGGGAAAGUACAAGAUUGACGUCAUGUCAAACCCUAAAGCUACUUUCCGUCUCGCCGCGGGAUGCGAACGCCUGAAAAAGGUGCUCUCUGCUAAUCAUGAGGCGCCUCUCAACAUAGAAUCUAUCAUGAACGACAUUGACGCCUCCUCGAAGCUGACCCGCGAAGAGUAUGAAGCCCUUAUCGCCAGUGUCCUCGAUCGCAUCUCUACACCGCUCGAAAACGCUCUCAAGGAAUCGGAACUCACUCUUGACCAGAUCGAUGCAGUCGAACUCAUUGGUGGAUCCACGCGUAUUCCUGCCGUCCGGGCUCGCAUUCAAUCUGCUUUCCUCGGAAAGGCCCUCUCCACCACCCUUAACCAGGAUGAGGCCGUUGCGCGCGGUGCCACCUUUGCCUGUGCUAUGCUUUCCCCCGUCUUCCGUGUCCGUGAUUUCCGUUUCACGGAUAUCGCCACGUAUCCUAUCAAAACGGUUUGGGAAGCAUCGCCUGACUCGCCUGAGGAGGAUACCGAGCUUCUGGUCUUCCCCCGCGGUAAUGCGCUUCCUUCAUCAAAGAUUCUGUCGUUCUACAAGAAGGAGCCAUUCACUGUUGAGGCUAUGUAUGACGAACCUUCUCUGUUGCCUGGCAGCAUUAACCCUUGGGUUGCCAAGUUCACAGCCAAGGAGAUUCCUGCAGUCAGCAACAGUGAUACUCCCGUGAAGGUCAAGACGAGGUUGAAUUCGAACGGUCUUAUGUCGUUCGAGGCUGCGUUCGUUGACGAGAUUGUAGAGAAGGAAGAAGAUAUGGAUGUUGAUGCUCCUCCCGAUGCUCCUCCCAAAAAGAAGAAGGUCAAGCACGACGUUCCGUUUGUUUCCGGCACGUCUAGCUUGGACAAGAGUCUUGUAGAAUCCUUGAAAGAGCAAGAGGCGCAGAUGCACGCCAGCGACAAGCUUGUGAUGGAUACUGAGGAUCGCAAAAACGCCCUCGAAGAGUAUGUCUAUGACACCCGUGGCAAGCUCGAUGAUCGAUACGCUCCGUUUGUGAAGCCUGAAGAAAAGGAGAAGCUCCUUGCCGCUCUCCAAGAUGCAGAAGAUUGGCUCUACUCCGAAGAAGGCGAAGACGCGACCAAAUCAGCUUACGUCACUCGCCUGGAUGCCCUUAAAGUCCUCGGUGACCCCAUCACCUUCCGCUGGCGCGAAUCUGAGGAGCGCGUCCGAGCCAUCACCCAACUCCGCGAAACCCUCAACAGUUACAUGUCCCAAGCCACCUCCACUGACGACAAAUUCUCCCAUAUCGAAGAGAAAGACAAGCAAUCCGUCGUGGAGAAGGUCGCGACUGUGCAAAAGUGGCUUGAGGAUCAGAUCAUCAGGCAGACGGAGCGUGCGAAGAACGUGGACCCUGUGUUGACGAGUGCUGAGAUAUCGAAGAAAAGGGAUGAGGUUAUCUACUUUGCGACGCCGAUCUUGACGAAGCCUAAGCCUAAGCCGCCGGUGGUUCCUAGCAGCGGGACUGGGACGCCCAGGAGUGGGAAUGAGACGCCGGCGGAGGAACCUCCCAAGAAGGAGGAGCCUAAUGGGCCUUCAGAGAUGGAUGUAGACUAAUGAAUGAAAUCUGUGUGUAGGGAUACUUGAUUGUAGUUAGUCG